ACGGGAACCUGACGCUAGUAUCCGCUAUCAUGGAGUUUUGGUUCGUCGGUAAGCACACUGCGCACUAGCUUUCGAAGCCACUAGGAUACUGUGGUCGAUUACUGCCAAAUGAAGCAGACGGAUCAAUGGGCCCUGAACGCCAUGCGGCAGAACCCUGGUAGUUUCUGACAUGUUGCUAUCUAUCGGUGGAGGCUGCGACCUGCCCUUGCUUGCCUCGUGUUGAGGGUGUGAGCUUGUGCUGGUGCUUAGUGCACCCACUCUUGAUUCUCAGGGUCCUGGGGGAGGCGCAGCACCAGAUGGCUUGAAGUUUAUAUUACUCCCACGCCUCGGCCCUUCUCUUUGUUAGUGUAACGUUCACCUCUGCAUUUGUCGUUAAUAUCCUCUGUUCUUGCUCAUCUUUGCGUCGCGUUGCUUUUUGGAGAUAGCUUGCGUGACACGUCAUGGGGAUCCUGAACCUUCCUCAGUUUCGUUACCACGGACCGUGGGUUCAGAUGCUAAUCGCCGGUCUUGGUGUUGGUUCCUCUGCCGGUAUCUACGUUGCGCUUAAUCUUCUAGGAGCUGGUGGUGGGAAGCCGGAUUCAGCGCAGGUAGUCCAGGUUGUCAAUGCGACGCUAUGCGCAGUAUGGUUCUUCUCUUCGUCCUUUGGUGGCUCUAUCUUGAACAAGCUUGGACCUGGCCUUACCAUGUGCAUUGGCGUUCAAACCUACGCCGUGUACGUGGGAUCUCUCUGGUACUACGAUGAGACAGGCAAGAGCGCUUACCCAUACGCCGCCGGUCCUAUCAUCGGUAUUGGUGCAGGAAUGGUCUUUAUCACUGCAGGCUACGUUGCAACUGGCUACCCCGAAGAAAGAGAAAAAGGAUCCUAUGCGACGAUACUUAUGAACAUGCAAGCGCUCGGUUCGGUCAUUAGUGGCAUUAUCCCAGUCAUCAUAAACAGGAACUCGGAUACUGUUGCUGGUGUACCUCGAUCAGUGUACAUUGCUUUCAUAGUCAUCAUGGUCAUUGGUGGCCUACUGUGUCUAACUUUGCUUCGACCACACAAGCUCACGAGAGACGAUGGCUCUGUUGUCGCCGUUGAUCGACCAAGAGGAGUUUGGGAGGAGCUCAGAACGAAUCUGUUAGUCUUCACAGACCCCAUACUCCUUAUGAUGCUACCGGCAUUUCUACCAGCUGAAGGGUUUUUGGUGUACAGUGGAUCAGUAAAUGCUUUCAACAACAAUCUCCGCACACGCUCACUGCUUUCUUUCAUCGCUGUUGUCAUACAGAUACCAGCAGGGUGGGCGUUGCAAUACGUCCUCGAUUACUCGGGAUGGGGUCGCCGCAAGCGCGGACUGGUCGGCUUGACAGGUGUUUGCAUCCCUCUAGUCAUUGCGUGGGUCUGGGAGAUGAUCCGAACUCGAAACUACGAUCGCAACAAUCCACCCACCAACCCUACAGAUUGGGACGAACCAAAAUUUGGAUGGAUUUUCUUUCUUUUCAUGCUCAACUGGACCUUCUCACAGCUUUGGCAUAACAUCGUCUACUACUGGAUCGGCGCCCUUACGAAUUCUCCUCAGAAGCUUACGCACUAUGUUGGUGUCUUUCGCGGCGUGCUUGGAGCGGGUGAAGCAAUUUGUUUCGGCCUCGAUAGCAUCAAGAUACCUUUCAUCGCUGAGGCAGGUGGCAUCUUAUUGUUUUAUGUGAUAGGGAUCGCAAGUUUCUACUACUUGGGAAUAUAUCAUAUGCAAGACACAAACUACGAUCGAACCGAGGAGGGCGUGGUGAUACCCAACCAUAUUCUGGAGACGGAGGGAGUAACACCAGGUCAGGAAAUAGUUUCAAGAGACAGAGAAGAAAAAGAGGGGCAUGUCGCGGAGAGCGAGAAGGAUGAGUCGAGUGGGAGUGGGAAGGUCUGAAUCCCCAUCACACGCGUUCACCAAUUUCGGUAUCUUUUACCAACAUUUCUCAUCAAAUAUGUUGUAAUGAACCAUUUCGCAAAUCCUGAGCGUCAUCCGAGGCUACCGCCGAUAAUACUGGCAACUAUCGUUCCAUCGUCUGACCCGCUGGAAGUAUGAUUCUAAUCUCCACUUUUGUUUUUGCUUCUAUGCCGGCCUA